ACCAGCAAUAUUACUGAGGAGACUGUUCAACAUCGCUCUGAAGCACAGCACUCUUCUGACUGGUAUCGUGACUUGGAGGAGAAGCUUGAUUACCUUCAGAAGAGUUCAGCUCAGCGGGACAGAACUGAAGCUCUGCUCAAACAGAAGGACAAGGACUGUGCCCAGCUGGCCAAGGACUGUGAGGCUCUGAAGGCUCAAGCCACAUCCCUAUUAGGAGAGCUGAAUGAGAGACAGAGCUGCCUGGACAAAAGCGAGCAUGAACGCAAAAUGUUGGAAGAAAAGCUGAACAGUACAAUUAAGGCCCUGCAGGUGGCAGAGCGGGAGCUGGAGCAGCAGAGGAAGCAGCAUCACGUGGCCAUGGACAAGCUGCUGCUGCAGACCCAGAGCCUGGAGCAGGCCCUGAAGACGGAGAGACAUGUCGUCACAGAGGAGAAGAAAAAACUGACACAACUGCAGCAUGCCUACACAUGUCUGUUUAGAGACUAUGAUUCUAAACUAAAGAGUGAGGGAGGAGAUCUGUGCAGCCGACUAGAGGAGGCAGAGAGAGCGCUGGCCCUGAAGCAGGACCUGAUUGAUAAACUGAAAGAGGAGGUGGAGCAACAGAGAGGCUCGCUGGAGACUGUUCCUGUCCUCACUGCACAGGCUGAGAUCUACAAGGGAGAUUUCCUAGCAGAGCGAGAAGCCAGAGAGAAACUGAACCAGAAGAAGGAGGAGCUGCAGGAUCAGCUGAAUCAGGCCACUGCUGAGAUUGAGAGGCUCAAACAAGAAGCCACAUCACGUGCACGAAUGGAGCAAAUGAAGCUGAGACACCUGGAAGACUUUCCCACAAGGGCGCCGAACAUUCCCCCUCCACAAGGUGUGGGUGUGUUCCCCGGUGGAGCUUUCAACACGGUGCCCCCUGCCCCAUCGUUCCGCAAUCAGGGUUUGGUACCAGUCGGAGAUCAAGGGGCAGCUGGAGCCGAGGACCUGCCAGAUUUAUGUUGUCCGAAGUGCAAGUACCAGGCUCCAGAUAUGGACACGCUGCAGAUACAUGUCAUGGACUGUAUACAGUAACAUGAGCAUAUUUCAGCACACCAUGACACCAACACACUCAUACAGAUAUAUAUGUACAAUAUAUUUACAUUUUUUGACAUUCAGCGUGUCUGGUUACAGCUCUCGGCACAGCCUGAAAAACAUGUUUGUUAGUUACUCUCUCUACCAUACAAACACACACAAACCUGAAUGCAUACUGUGGAUCUUUAUCAUUUUUUAAAAAUAUGUUGGAAUCAAGUCAAGUGGCAAUCAGAUGACAGUAUGAACAAGUGAAAGAAAAGGACAACAGCAAGAUAAUCAGCAUGGUAUUUCCCUAGUACUGCUUCAUGAAUUCAAAUUCCGCUGUAGCUGUCCUAUUACGCAAACACACGUUUUGUUUUUUUCUCCCAGCACCUGCUCUUUUAUUUCCCUUCUACCCCCUCCCCCUGCCAUGCCUCUGUCCAUCAGUAUUUGUACAUGAUCCCUGAUCUUGUGCCUCAGUCCCAUUUCUCGGCAGCCCUUACUUUACUCUGGUGGUGUGGUGGCAAUGAGGAGAUUACAUACUGUUGAGCAAGUGUGUCUACAUAGACUGCAUCAUCCAUGUUGUACACAUCAGUAAUCAUUGGGCCUAAGGUGGAAAAAAAGAAGUGUAAAGGGGUACUUUUCCCUUCAAAGGAAGAAACAAAUGUGAAUAACCUAGCAAGCUUUAAAUAAAUUAGAAUAUUAAAAUAUGUUUUGGUCAUAAAUGUUGGUGUCUGCAUUACCUCAACAUGUAUUAUAUAUUAGAGAUGGAUUUACUCUUAUUGGAGAAAAAAAAAGUAGCCAUUCUCUGUGUUCUGUGCCUGUGUACACCUUUGAUUGCAUCUCCGCUUUAUCUCUGAUGCUAGACCCGACUCUUAACCCAUGCAGCCCUGUCUGUGCCCCUUAUUCUGUCCCAUCUUUACCUGGGGCACCUAGUUAUUUAUCUAUCUGAAGGUUAAGCACAUUGGGAGUCCUUCAGUUUGUGUGAAUCGUCUGUAAUUCUAGAUAAUUUGGUGCAAGGAGUAUUGUUUCAAACUGUUGAUUUUACCAAAUAAAUCAAUAAUCCAUUA